AGAUGUGGGGGCCAUCUUCAACACGGCAAGGGUCCUUGUGGCCCCACAGAAACAAAAAGUAACCCUCAUUACCACAAUUAUUGGUCCAAAAGAAGGCACAAAAGCCAACAUAGCUUAAUAGCCCCACUUUGAAACAGUUAACACACGGACACACACACUCUCUCUCCCACAGAUAAUAAAGCCAAAACCAAUUAUGGAGGUUCAAAGGAGGACAGACAGAUUGGGAGGGAGGAGAGACGGUGUUGGAUCUCGACGGCGAUGACAACCCCAAACAACCGCACUAACGGCGACAACCACCACCGGCCUAACUCUCCGCCUGACCCUCGUCGGCGACGCCAUUACUUGGGCCCGCCCAUCUCUACCUCCUCCUCCUCGGCCGCCUCCUUCAAGGGCUGCUGCUGCUGCCUGUUCCUCCUCCUCAUCUUCCUCGCCUUUCUCGCCGUCGCCGUCGCCCUCGUCGUCGUCCUCGUCCUCAAGCCCAAGAAGCCCCAGUUCGACCUCCAGCAGGUGGCCGUGCAGUACCUCCUGGUCGCCCCGGCCGUCGGGGGAGGGGCUCCGCCGGCCGCGGCGUACCUGUCGCUCAACAUCACCCUGAUGUUCAUUGCGAACAACCCGAACAAGGUGGGGAUACGCUACGACGCGGCGGCGCUGGACGUGAUGUACCGCGGGGUGCCGUUGGGUGUGGCGACGGUGCCGGGGUUCGAGCAGCCGGCCCACAGCCGUCGCCUGGUCGAGACCCGCGUCGUCGUCGACCACUUCAACGUGCUCCAGUCCGACGCCCUCGACCUCGUUCGCGACGCCCUUCUCAACGACCGCGUCGACCUCCGCCUCACCGGCGACGUCUCCGCGAAGAUCCUCGUCCUCGGCGUCUCCACCCCUAGGGUUCAGGUAUCGGUGGAUUGUGCGAUCGUGAUCAGCCCCAGGAGGCAAUCGCUCACUUACAAGCAAUGUGGAGUCGACGGAUUAAAUUUCUGAUUUGGAAAUAGGAAAAAAUAAAUUUAAGCUAAAAAAAAGUUCUUUCUCUAUUUUUUAUUGCUUCCAUAUUUUAAUCUAUCAUGCGCCGUGGUGGUCUCAAUUUAGUAAUAUUUCAUGUUUA